CUACGGGAGCCCACAAGGGACAAUGAAUGUGCGUGAGAGAGCGACAGAAAGAAAGUGUCUUUACUGCAUUGGCAGUGUGGUUGGGAUCAUUCUAAUGCUCAAAAAUUAAGCUGUUACAGUCACAUGCUUUCCAGGUGGAAUUGCAUAGUGGAUCAACAUCUGAAGGGAUUUUGCUGUGUUCAGAAUUCAUCAGCUUUGACAUUAUCCACAACACCACUGGCUCAGAUUCAGCCCGAAACCAUGUCAGAUCCAGAUCCGAGGUCCUGUGUUUGGAUUUUCUUAACAAGGCUUAACAAAAGAAAAGAAAAAAAUAGUAAAUGAGUCAAAAGUCAGAAUUGGAGAAUAAUUGGUCAAGACCACUUUAAAAAUGUAAAGUGGACUGGCUCCUUGCAAGAAAAGUAGAAAGAAAUAAGAGGUGACUCAAGACUAUAGCUGUCCUACUAUUUGCUCUGCGCACGUCCUACCUGUAGCGUACCAAUGCUGGGCACUUGGACACUGGGAAGGAGCAUGAAGGAAAUCCUCUUAACCAGGUAAUCUCUCCACCCAUCUGCUGCUACUGUCUUCCACCAACAUGCCAUUCCCUCCACUGGCCUUUAUCGCCAGUGCAAAUAAAAGGCCAUGCUGCUGUCUCCUCAGGCUGAAAGGAACUGGGAGAGUGUUUGUUCAGUGCUCGAAGAUGUGUUGGAGAGCCAGUCACACAGGCAGUUAUUUGCUUUAGAGCUUGGUUCUGGAACUGGCCAGCAUAUCAUACGGUUUGCUCAGAAGAUGCCCUUUGUCAUUUGGCAGCCAUCAGACAUCAAAGAGGAUUCUCUAGAGAGUAUCAAGGCAUAUAUUGCUGCAACCCAAGCAAAGACGGUGCUACCACCUGUUCACCUGGAUGCCAGUGAUCCGUGGGAGAAAUGGGCAGGACUGAGUCACAACUCCUGUGACGUUAUUAUUUCCAUUAAUUUACUGCAAUACAGCUCCUUCAAAACAGCCCAGGUAGGCCUGGUUGCUUAUAAAUCAACUGAAGAGCUUGAGAUAUCCCCACAGUAUUUUAUUUACUUAUCAUUUUCUCAGGGAGUGUUCAGUGGAGCAGGACAGAUCCUCAAACAAAACGGCCUUUUGAUAACAUAUGGGGUGUAUGCUGUUAAUGGCAUCAUCACACCAAGUUGUAAUGAAAAGCUGGAUGAGGAGCUACGAAAAAUGAAUCCAGACUGGGGUCUUCCAGAUAUCGACGUGCUCAGACAGCUGGCCUAUGGGAACGGGAUGCGUAUGGAGCGGAUAGUAAGUCAUGUAUCUCGGCUUGGAGGCGAUUCCACCUCCCAGCAGCAUGCCUUUUACACUUGUAAUGUUUCCUUCUUUUAGAUUGAGAUGGAAGAAUACUACAAAUGCCUCAUCUUCAGAAAACUCUAAAGAAACCAAAAUACCAAAAGGACAUUAAUUAGUUCACAUCAGUUAUGAGUGUAAGUCUAUAGUCUUUAUA